AUGUCCUCCGCAAUGUCCAAACGUCUCGAGGGUAAAACCAUUGUUAUAACUGGUGCCUCAUCUGGAAUCGGCAGAAGUACCGCUUUGGAAUUUGCGAGGACUUCUCCUAAAGAUUUGAGAUUGAUCUUGACAGCUAGAAGAAUUGAUGUUUUAGAAGAAGUAAAGAAAGAUAUUGAAGAAGAAUGUGGUGAGGGAGUCAAGGUUUUGGCUGUGAAAUUGGAUGUUAGUAAACCUGAGGAGGUGAAAGGUUUUGUUGGUGGAUUGCCAGAAGAAUGGAGGGAGAUUGAUGUUUUGGUCAAUAAUGCUGGUUUAGUCAGAGGUGUAGCACAAGCUCCAUCUAUUGCCGAAGAAGAUAUCAACAUCAUGUUUGCAACAAACGUAACUGGUCUCAUCAACAUGACUCAAGCUGUCCUUCCAAUUUUUAGAGCGAGACCCGAUGGUGGAAAGGGCGAUAUUAUAAACAUUGGCAGCAUUGCAGGAAGAGAACCUUACCAAGGAGGAAGUAUCUAUUGUGCCACUAAAGCAGCCAUAAGGAGUUUCGGAGAUUCGCUGAGAAGAGAAUUGAUCGCUACAAGAAUACGAGUCAUUGAAAUCGAUCCUGGACAAGUCGAGACCGAAUUCAGUGUCGUUCGAUUUUAUGGCGAUAAAAAGAAGGCAGAUGCUGUCUAUGCCGGAUGCGAACCAUUGACUCCGGAUGACAUCGCUGAAGUUAUUGUUUUUGCAGCCGGAAGAAGAGAGAACGUCGUUCUUGCUGAUACUUUAAUUUUCCCCAAUCACCAGGCUGGUGCUGGAGGUGCAAUGUAUAAGAAGAGCUAA